AUGAUUUCCGGUGACACUUUUUCCAUUCCGGAGGUGGCCUUCAUUAUCUUGGGCCCGAUCGCUUCCGUCUGCUCACGGUAUCGGCCGCGCGACUCAUAUCGACUUGACUGCACUCGGUUAGGCCCUUGCCUCUGGACCAGUCAUGCUGGUUAUCGCUGGAUUCGACAUUUCCUGACUUGGCUCGCUGCUCGUUUCCGCGAGGUGAUCGGAAAUUUCCUGGGUGUCUAUAACUACGACAGCGACUGGUUCCGUUUUGUUCGCGAGGGGAGAAUACGCGUUCAUAUCGCAGAGAUCAUGUCGCUCUCAUUACACACAAUUGAACUCUCUGAUCGAACAACCCUCAAGGCUGAUGCGCUCAUUUGCUGUUCCGGCUGGAAGGCCAUCCGGUCCGUGGAAUUUCUCCCUACCGGUCUUGAGGAACAGAUGGGUUACCUGGGCCAUUUCACAAGAAGGAGAAGCUGCUACACACAGUACGAUCGCAAAUAUUAA